AUGAUGUCCGAUAACGAAAGUUUCCGCUCAGUCUCACCAUCCAGAGAAAUUCUCCAUAGGGCUGCUAAUACGGGAGAAGUGUUGAAUGAUCACCGGAACCAAUUACCAUCGUUGCCUAUUCGUGGGACAGGUGGUGGUAUGGGACAGUCAUCAGCAGUAAGCGAUGACGACGAUGACGAUUAUCAAUCGUCACGGUCUAUGCAAGAUGCCCAGUAUCAACAGAGCCAGCAGCAACAACCACAGCCAUUUCAUCCACAGUUACAGGGUAGUAGAAGUGUCGAUGAAAGCCAAUUUCCCAAAGCGAAACAGCAAGGUCCAUCACAACCUUACAGAAGCUCCAAAAAUGCGUAUAUGAAUAACUUGAGAAGGGACUUCUAUUUGAAGAAUGACGACGACGAUAAUGAGCGUUUCUAUGUUCCGAGUAAGAACCCACAGCCACUACAAAGUUCUUCGAUUCCAGUAGGCAGAGGCUCAGGUGGGAUGACUGGUGCUCCUAAACAGAGUAGGGGGCGUUUUAGAUCACAGUCAUUUUCAGGACAGGCUAAAUCUGAUGGCCAGGAUGAAGUUAGAAGACAUCAAUCGAUUGCGGCGGCGCCUCCAUUCGGAGGGAUUUUGAUGAAGUCUGACAAUCCACCUUCCAAAAAGAGCAAAAGAAGCAACUCGAUGAUCAAUGAUACAUUAGAGGCGGACCUUGCUGCACCAAUGACGAAAUCGAAGACAAACGAAAGUAUGACUUCUGAAGCCCAAAACAACAAUAAAAGGGAAAGAAGACCAUCCCGUACUUCAAUAGAUAGCGAGGCCGAUUCGCAUGCGUCGAGGUCUUCACAGGAGACAGAAGAAGAUGUUUGCUUUCCUAUGUUGCGUGAACACGUUCGUGUUAAGGGUAUUGAUUUUGAUGAAAUUGAAGAGUUCAUUAGAGAUGAGAAAGAGAAUGAAAUGCAUUUAAAAGAGGAACAACAGAUGAUCGCAGAAAGAACAGCCAUGAGGGUUGAUACUGGACAUGGGAGUGCGCGCGAUGUAGGUCCCAGUAAAAAUGCCUUGAAAUAUACUCCGUCAAACAUAUUAGGAAAGGCUUCGUUCGGAAAGUUUGGUAGAAAGAAUACCUAUGCAGGCGACAUAAUGUCUUCAUCUGGUAUUAAUAUUUCGGAGAGGGCACAAUCAGAUUCUUCUACCGUUACAGAUGAUUCUGCCUCUAGGAGAUACAACGAAAAGAUUUUGGGAGACGAUGAUAUUUCGACCGAAAAUGUUAAGUUUGGUGGUACAAGAAUCAACGAUAAUGAUUCGGCAUUGCCUGAAAGGUUUUCAUUCUUUUGUUCCGAAUCAGAAGAAACAAUACAUGCUCCUGAUAUUCCUUCGUUGGUCAAACCUGGGCAGAGUGUAAGCGAUUUGUUCAGAAAUGGUGAAGGUACAUGGUGGCUUGAUUGUGUUUGCCCUACUGAUGCUGAAAUGAAAAUGGUUGCUAAAGCAUUUGGUAUUCAUCCUUUGACAGCUGAAGAUAUUCGUAUGCAAGAAACCCGUGAAAAGGUGGAAUUAUUCAGAAACUAUUAUUUUGUUUGUUUCCAUACUUUUGAAGGUGAUCAGGAAUCAGAGGAUUACUUGGAGCCGAUUAACUUUUAUAUUGUUGUUUUCAGAGAGGGUGUAUUGUCGUUUCAUUUUUCGCCUAUUUUACAUCCAGCCAAUGUCAGAAGAAGAGUCCGUCAAUUAAGAGAUUACGUUGAUGUCAGUGCCGAUUGGAUCUGUUAUGCGUUAAUUGAUGACAUUACAGAUGGAUUCGCCCCUGUUAUUACUGGUGUCGAAUAUGAAGCUGAUGCAAUCGAAGAUUCUGUAUUUGCUGCUAGACAAGUUGGUUUUAGUACCAUGAUACAAAGGAUUGGUGAGUCAAGAAGAAAGGUAAUGACCUUGAUGAGAUUAUUGUCCGGAAAAGCGGACGUUAUCAAAAUGUUUGCUAAAAGAUGUCAAGAUGAGGCUGCCAAUAACCAAAUAAAUAUAUUCCAGGCACAUCCCAACAUGAACGGAAUGGGUAAUUAUUAUUCACAAACAAGCGGUAAUGCUUCGCAAAGCCAUACACAUAGUGGAUCAUACACACAUGGUUACAAUAACGAAAGCCCUUACCCACAAGGUUAUAACAAUAAUUCAAACCCACAGGGCUAUAACAAUAAUUCAAACCCACAAGGUUAUAACAAUAAUUCAAACCCACAAGGUUAUAGCAAUAAUCCAAACCCACAAGGAUAUAAUCAAGGCGGCCCAGGUGUAACGUUUGGCCCAGGUCCAGGUGUAUCUAACAACAUGAUUGAUCCGGGUGCAUUUUAUAUGAAGACUCAGCCAGAUAGAACUCAACCAAGGGCUGACAUAGCGCUCUAUUUGGGCGAUAUUCAAGAUCACGUUGUUACUAUGUUCCAAAAUUUAGUUGCUUACGAAAAGAUUUUUAGUAGGUCCCAUUCAAACUAUUUGGCACAAUUACAAGUUGAAUCCUUUAAUUCUAAUUAUAAGGUUACUGCUAUGUUAUCUAAUGUCACAAUGAUAGGUACGGUCUUUUUCCCAUUGAAUGUGAUCACUGGGUUAUUUGGUAUGAACGUCGUUGUUCCAGGUCAAGGUGAUGAUCACCCAGGUCUUGGCUGGUUCUUCGGUAUUGUUGGGGUUAUGUGUGCUAUAGUUAUUGUUGCUGUAGUUUCUGCACGUAUUUGGAUCCUGAGAGUCACGGAAAGAACCUAUGAUGAGGAAAACACAAAAAAAUCCAUUAAAAGCUAUGGGUUAAAAACGAGAACAAAAGAAGCUGCAAAAUCGAUUAUCAGCUUCCCAAAUAAGUACGAUUAA